CAGUCCGUGUAGUCAACGCUUCCAAGCAUGGAAUUAACAUCAGCAGCCAUCUUGUUCUGUUCGCUACUUCUGUCUUUGCAGUGGAGGACGGUUGUUUACAUCGCAGGCAAUUUCCGGGUCCUCCAGGACUAUUAUAAAUAUUAAGUUAUUAAUUUCCUCUUCCCUUUUGUUACUCGUUCCACUGGGGAGAGGAUCCAGGCCGCCUCCCUGCCCUUCACAUUCCCCAGUAUCAGUCACGUGAGCAGAGUUUGGCCAGAAUCAACGGAGCACGACAAGACACGCUCACAGAACCUCCUUUCUUCUCUGUUCCUGCAGCCGUCCAGACUUUAAGGCUCCCAUGGCUCUGCAGGAGCUGGGCAUCAGCCUGUCCAUGAUGGGCGUCGCCGGCACCAUGUUGAUCUGCGGCCUGCCCAUGUGGAAGGUCACAGCGUUCAUCGGCACCCACCUGGUGGUGAUGCAGGUGUUCUGGGAGGGCUUGUGGAUGACCUGCGUCAGCGAGUACACGGGCCAGAUGCAGUGCAAGCUCUACGACGCCCUGCUGGACCUGUCGCCGGACCUCCAGGCGGCCCGCGGCCUCAUUUGCAUCAGCCUGGUGCUGGGCUGUUUGGGAUUCCUCAUCUUCAUCCUGGGAGCUCGCUGCACCAACUGCCUGGGCCACCCGCGGAUCAAAGCGCUGGUGGUGAUCGGCUCCGGCGCCAUCUUCUGCCUGUCCGCGCUCACCACAGUGGUCGCUGUCGCCUGGACCGCCAACACCAUCAUCACGGAUUUUUACAACCCCAGAGUUCCCGAGGUGCUGAAGAGAGAGCUGGGCGCCGCUAUCUACAUUGGGUUUGUGUCGUCCGGGCUGCUGUUCUGCGGAGGAACCGUUCUCUGCGUGACCUGCCCACCAGAACCAGACAGAUUCCCCUCCAGCGGCUACAUGCUGGCCAAGACUCCCACCCGGAGCAGCUACGCCAUCAAGAACUAUGUAUGAAAACAGAAACAGAACCACAACGUCUUGACCUCUGCGGACUUCUUUUAUGGUGCUUGCACCUUAAUUACAAUCUGUACGCUGCAAAAAUACAAAAAAUGACCAAGUA